GUGAUGGCGGCUCAAGCUCGCGCUGUGGCGCUGUGCUCGCGCGAUCGGCAAGAACGCGAGCGCAAGAGAUCAUCUCAACAGAUCUCGUACCGCAAGCGAUGGCGAGAGAGUGUCUUCGAGCUCGCGUUGUGACGAUUGUCGGCAAGAACGCGAGAGAAAAAGAUAAUCUCACAGGUGCUUGGCCAGGCUUGUAUUUUUCUUUGGUGCUAUUUUGCUUGUCUUAGAAGAAGUCAAGCUGUUCUAUCAGCCGUGGCGUGGACUAGCGAAUCUCGUGGAAGAAAAAGGCCGUAGGUCUGUCAAGAGUUAUUUUUUUCUCUGUGUCGAGCCAAGAUCUAAUUGGCAAAUCUUUGAUUGUCUGUUUUCUUUGCACGAGCUUGGCGGACGCAUGAAGAUAGUAUUUAACUUCUGUGUCAGAUAGAGCUCCCAAAUUCUAUCGAGCUGCAAACUUUGAUUAAGCGAAAGAGAAAGAGGCCGAAUGGACCUGGGAAAAUAAAGAAAGGCAUCGCGAUCGUGCCACACCUGUCGUUUGCCAGAGAAAGACGGGGAGAUAUGAGAGGAAAAAACUUUUUUGCGGCAUUAACAUCUUCUACCAAACGAGACGCUGUCCAGACCCACUUUUGACAAAUUUCGCAAAGUCAGCCGAGACACGGCUAGCACUCAAUGGUGCUCCGCAAAGAUAUGGUUGCAGAAAUUAUCCAGACAAUCCGAGUUUGUUGAUCCAAAGUUCUAUCCCAGCGGGUCUCUCUAGAAGACGAGCGAAAGAAGAAUGGUACGAUUCCCUCCACCAGCAGCAGCAGCAGCAGCAGCAGCAGCAUAUCUUCUGUUUCUAUUCAGUACCAGUAGCUUUGUUCUCGGCAAAAGGUAUGAGCUAUCGCCCGGCUGGACUGCUGUGAACAACGAGAGCUUGAAAGGGGCUGGAAGCGAUGGCGGUUCUAGCUAUCGGAUUUUAAGAGCUGGGGAGGAUCCUAUAGUCAGUGACAAUGGAAGCUUUAGCUUGGCCUUCUACGACCCCCAGGGAACGAACAGAUACUUCCUGUGUGUGCUGCUCAACGUUGGGAAAUCCAAGCCAGCUCCAGCCUCUCUCGUGGUUCCAAUCUGGAUUGCAAACUCCAACUCGUCAUUCUCCGGCAAGGCAACUCUGAUGCUCACAGGAACGCACAAAAAGUUCAUACUUCUCGACUCCACCGGGACUUUGAAGUGGAGCAGCGGUAGCGUGGUCGGAAUCUCCAGCUUGGAGCUCGAUGAGACAGGGAACUUGAUGCUGAUCAGCGAAGAUGGCAGCGUUCUCUGGCAGAGCUUCGAGCACCCGACGAAUGUUCUCGUUCCAGGACAGACUUUGCGGCCGGGAAUGUCGAUCACAAGCGUCAACUCGAGCUCCCAGCAGCCGGGACCGUUUAGAGGCACUAUGGAAGCGAGUGGCUUCGUGUUCUACGUUCUUCCAGAGACGGAGCCGACCAUGGCCGAUAUGCUUCGCAAGCCGCAGCCGUAUCAGGUGUGGAGCGUCGGUUCUAGCAGCAGCAGCCUCGAAUCCGCCUUGAAGGUUUGCGACUCUUCCAAGGCGGUGAUGGCCGUGACAAGCAGCGGCAUCGUGAUCUCCUACGAGCGUUCCAGCGGCGGCGAGUGUGGCGGCGAUGGGAAAUCCUUACAGGUGUAUAGAAACGACGAGGAUACAGCAGCGGAGACCCAGUACUGGAAGCUCGAGGAAAAUGGCGACUUUGUUCUUCGCGGGUUCCACGAGCGGGAGCAAAACUGGGCGACGGUGUUCGCUCUCUCGACCCGGGCCAACGAUUCGUGCAAGCACCCGACCGCGUGUGGGAGCUACGGGCUUUGCAACAGCCAGGGGAAAUGCCAGUGCGUGGGAAACAAAGAACUGGACGAUCACACCUCGCUUUCUUGCGGCGCUCCGUCCGGCGUCUCGGCCUCUUGCCUCGCGAACGAGGCCGCGAACCACCACUUCGUGAAGAUCCCCUCCGCGACUUACUUCUCCAACGCGUUCUCCCGGCCGGAUCUCCGCAGCUCGUCGCUGGAGGAUUGCUCCGCCGCGUGCGCGUCCAAUUGCUCCUGCGCCGCCGCGUUCUUCAGCCGGCGCGGCGGCGGCGAUUGCUUCCUGGUGGACGAGGUCAUGGGCAGCUUGAGCUUGGUAGGGGGCGGCGCUGGAGCGGAGGAGGGGGAUUACACGGCGCUGGUGAAGAUCCAAAACGCGCAGCUCAUCUCGGCGCCACUGUCCGCUAGCCGGGGGAAGGGUCCGAGCAAAUCCGCGCGGACUGCCAUCAUCUUCCUGGCGGUGCUGUGCGGUGUUCUAGCGGUGAUGCUGGCGGCGGGCGGCUACAUUAUCAAGAUCAAAUAUCCCCACGCUUACAACAAGAUGAUGACGUGAUCGACGUGAUUUUCAAAUUUAAAUGUCAGAAUAUGCUUGUGUC